AAAAUGUGUCCCCCGUCGAACAACCUCCAGCACCUCCACCGCCAAUCCCCAAAACGAUCUCUGUGGACCGACCCCUAACGACCGCCAGCUCUGGAAGUUCGAGUUUCAAGAAGGUGGUCAAAGACGAGAUGUGGGAGGCAUUCAAGGCGCUCGAUGCGGAUUAUCAGAAGUAAGGGCUCCUGUGGUAUCCGGAGUAGCCUCCCCCCGGGCCCCUCCCCCCUUCACCACCACCACCCGAUGAUGGCUAAAAGCGGAUGCAGAUUUUCGAACAAAUCUGCCCCUCAGAAGACAACCAUUGUCCGACAGAACCUCCUGCCGUUCCUCCAGAAACACUACAACCAGACUUCGAGCAAUAUAUCUCCGGAAAUACUCGAGAGGAGGGUUCGAACGCUUCACCGCUGGUGGACAGGGUUGAUAGCGCAGCUUCGCAAUCGAAGUCCCCAGAUGAUGCCCGGUGGUGACAGACCAGUAUAUCUGGGUGCAAUUUCGUAUAUCAUGUCGCGACCGGAAUGGCGGUCUCCCCCAUCUACGUUUGCGCCUCUCGCGCAACGGCAGCCUCUGUCGGCAAAAUCGGAGUCAUCGGCGUCCUUGUGUUCCGCAACUUCAGAUUUUUCCGUGCAGAAAUCUGUUCAACACAACAUAAAGGUGUUGUUCACCAGAACGCUUUUUGAUACUUUGGCAUAUGUCGUCGAGAGGAUGGGUGUUCGCUCGGCACCGCUAGGCCUAGUUACGUUUGGCGGGAAAGUGCUUGCUUAUGCUUUCUUUUAUUGCGCCGGCGUCGCUGAGAUGUUGAUCAGCCUCUGGGGGCUGAAGCCAGAUCUAGUGAGAAGAGUGCCAUUGGGGUUCGGAAUUGGAAGAUGUACGGAUUUGCGGCAUGUUGCGGAGGACGUCGUGUCCGAGUUUCCCGAGACCCUGCAGCCUCUCGGAUUCACGAGCAUGGCAUUGCUGAUGCGAAAAUUGAGGCAGCCGGUGAAAGUACCAAUCGGCAACCCAGUGGAGUGGUUUGGGCCGUGGCUGAAUCGUUGGUGUGGUCGCGACGGAGGCCUGCUACACGUCUUUAUCAGAGAAUACCACGUCCUCAUGUUUGAGUAUAUGUCGCCCGACGCAACCCGUACCGCUCAGCUGUGUGCGCCUGGCUAUAUCCACGUUCUCGCGCAGAUGCUUUCAAUGAUUGAUAACACCAUCCAUCGAUCCGCAAAUCCCGAGACGGCAACGUCAUCAACAACCUUCGAAGACAUUAUGAAUGCCACAGCAACACUUCCCCUUGCAGCGCGGAACACGGCGGCGGCGCGCACCAUGGCCGAAAACAAGUUGAUUGUGUUGCUCCGGGAGGUAUUGUUCGAUAGCACUCUCCCGCGAAACAUCCGGGAAUGCGUCGGAACCGCCUUUUCCGCGAUGCUCAAGGCCGCGGUGCAGAAGAUUAGUAUGUUCGAUGGAGACGGUUGCUUUCAACUCUGCGAGCUCAUGGAAGAGGUGAUGCCUAUCCUCUCACAGGCCGAGUUGCAGGGCCUCGGGAAUUACAUCGAUUGGAACUUUUGGCUCGGAGUCACCCAGACGAUGCUUGGGAGUGUAAACAACAUGACGGAGCUGAGAGUACUCACUUUCGUCUAUACGAUAUGGCCCAUGUUGGUUGCGGAUGAUGAUCGAAAAAGAAUUGUGUGCAUUGAUUGGCUUUUGUCUGAACCAAUGUGGGAUAGGCUCUUUUGUCAUUGGUGCCCUAUAGUAAGGGCAUACUACAUGAGAUUGAUGUGCUGGAGGCUGGGGAGGUACGAUGGCGAUGCCAGCGAAGUUGACAUUGAGGUACUCAAGACUAUGCUCCUCCGCCUGAGGACUGGCUAUGCCCAACACCUGCAACUGAAAAAGGCCUACGAGGAUGGUGGUGGUGGAAAGCCGUCUUCGACUGCAUCUUGUCUCCCUGCGCCUGGCCGGCGGAUUGUCAUUUUGAGAAAUGACAUUGCCACCGGACCCCCGGGAACCCUCCUGGACGGAAUGGUCCCUACAUUCGCCCCCUUUGUUGCCACCCCGGGGUCGCUAUUGCAGCAGGUGGCCGCCACAGCCUCAGUUACGUCGUUGACCGAGAGCGAGGCUCCAUCGGAAUCUUCUGCCGCCUCCGUUCGUUCCGAUGAAGCCGUCACCCCUGUCCCCCGCAGGUGGAGCAUUCGCAGCGUCUUUGGAUUCAAGCCGGUCGAGAAGAAGGAGACGCCACCAGCACCCGUUGCACCAGCACCGGUAGAAAAGCCGAAAUUGCAGGCCCACUUCAAAUUCUCCCUGGAGUGGGUCGACCGACCGCAGCCCAGUCGGGAGCGGGUAUUGGGGCUUUCUCGGCUACCAGCGCCUGCUCAGCGAUACCUCGAUUCGCUGCAGCACGGCUUCCCGGUCGUGGAGGAUCCUCCCACCGGGGCUACGGCUGCCACAUACAUCGGAAGGGCUUUGGCCGAGUGGAUUCAGGUGAUCGUGGAGCAUGAGAGCUUCUUCGAUCGCAGAAAGGCAGAGGGACGGGAGACGGACAAAGACGUCGAGACUCCUGCCCUCUUCGUGGACAACAUGCGACGGUUCUAGUAAACCGCGCAAUGUGAAAGUAAGGUGCUUUGGGUUUGAUUAUUACGACAGGGCCUGACCACUCUGCUUGCACUUUGUGCUUGUAUUUCCAUGUGUGGCGGUAUUUCCGGGGGCACAUGAAGCGUAUUUACAUACUUUCCUUUUAUUUCCUCUUUACUUUCUCUCUGGUGUUUUUGUGGGUCAUUUUUGCAUUCUCGGGAUCG